AUGGAAGAAUACGGAAAGGAUAAUUCACAAAAGAAAGUAAAGAGUUGUGCCGUAUGCAAACAUCGAAGGACGAAAUGUAACAAGGACUGUCCAUUAGCCCCUUACUUCCCAGCAGACAAUCCCCAAUUGUUCAAAAACGUAAAUAAAUAUUUUGGUGUUACAUAUAUGAUUAACGCUCUUAGAUCAACGCCUCCUAACUUGCGUGAUGAUCUUAUGACAUCCAUUAUCUAUAGCGCUAAUGCUCGCGUCAUGGAUCCCGUACGUGGGUGUUUAGGUGAAACUCAAACAUUGUAUUCGAAAAUUGCGCUCGCUUGGACAGAGCUACAUUGUUUGCGUUCUCUGAUUCAACAAUUUGCUAAUCAAAAAGAUCAAAAUCAACGCUUUGAUAAUCAACACUUUGAGCAUCCACAAUCUAUUCCCUCGUACCACCAACCACAACCAGUGAAUACUCAACACAGAGCCAGUAAUGAAGAUGUUCCACUUUCUGUCGAUGAUUACGUUGUUGAUGAAGCUGUUUUCGUUGAAUGCCCUGACCAACAAUUUCAAAAUCAACACUUUGAGAAUCAACAAUAUAUGCCAUCAUUCCACCAACCAUAUCAUGGGAAUAACCAAUACAGUGCCAUUGACAAUGACCCUCUUCCUUCCUAUGAUUACGUCAGUGAAACUGAUUUAUUUGGAUGCACUAAUCAAGAAUUUCAAAAUAUACAAUCUAUGCCCUCAUCGUUUCCCCAACUUCAACAUGGGAAUACUCAACAGAGAGCCAGUAACGACGAUGUUCCACUUUCUGUCGAUGAUUACGUUGUUGAUGAAGCAGUUUUCGUUGAAUGCCCUGACCAACAAUUUCAAAACCUACACUUUGAGAAUCAACAAUAUAUGCCAUCAUUCCACCAACCCCAUCAAGGGAAUAACCAAUACAGUGACAUUGACAAUGACCCUCUUCCUUCUUACGAUUACGUCACUGAAACUGAUUUAUUUGGACGCAUUGAUCAAGAAUUUCAAACAUCAAUGCCCUCAUCGUUUCCCCAACCUCAACCUGGGAAUACUCAAUAA